AUGCCUCCACGUGUCGCCAUUACUCUUAUAACACUACUGGAACCCCUUCUCCAAGAAACAGAUAGAAGUGUUCCCAUUUUUCAACAAGUUCUUAGUGUUGUUCGGUUCAUAGCUGCGGGUUCUUAUCAGCAGGCAGUAUCAGAAGAGAAUUUGCAUCCCAUGUCUCAAGCUACUUUCAGCAAAUAUUUGCAUAAUGUAGUACCAGCAAUAAAUGCCCUAGCUGAUCAAUACAUCAUUUUUCCUCGAAAUCACGCUGAACGAGUUUUAAUUCAAGACAGUUUUCAGGAAAGGCUAGGAUUUCCUGGUGUCAUUGGUGCACUUGAUUGUACUUUGAUAAUAAUUAUGAGACCUCACAGAAACGAAGAAGCAUAUAUAGAUCACCGACGUAAUCAUUCUUUGAAUGUUCAAAAUGUGUGUGAUACAAAUUACAACAUAAUGAAUCUUAGAGUCACCAGUGGAUCUACACACGAUGCUUUUGUUUUUAAAUACUUUACUAUGCGCGCUCAUAUGGACAACCUCAGAAGUGAUGAUGGGUACACGCCUUCAAGCGUCCUACUCACUGCUGUACAGAGUGCCAACCGAGGAACUCCGGAGUUUGAAUUUUCGCAGAGCCUUCGGGCGACACGGUGUGUUGUUGAGCAAACAAUAGGAGUUUGGAAGCAGAUCUGCAGGUGUGUCAACAAAGAACGAGUUCUGCACCAUCAACCUCGAUUCGUAGCCAAUAUUAUCAAAGCUGCCGGUGUUUUUUAUAAUUUUCUACGACACAAAGGGCUUGCAGUUCCAGUAGCUCCCCAUCGUGAUGAGGAGAUUUUUUAUGAACCCAUAAGAAACAACGAAUAUCGUGUUGGCCUGCGUGAGAAACGUCAAAUUAUGGAGAGAUAUUUCAU